AUGUCGAAAGCAUAUUCGGGAUAUAAAUUAAAUAAUCAAACGAUUUUAGAAGAACAUAUUGAUGAAAAUUAUGAACCAACUCAAGAAGAAAUUCAUGAAUAUGCUAUUUAUAUAGGAAUUGAUCCUGAGAAAGAAAAAGAUCUUCUUUGGUUAGCAAAAGAAGGUCUUAUGAAACCAUUACCAUCAGGUUGGAAAGCAUGUCAAGAAGAAAAUGGAGAAUUAUAUUAUUUUAAUUUUAAUACGGGAAAAUCAUCAUGGGAUCAUCCAUAUGAUGAAAUUUAUAAAGCACGUGUUAUUCAAGCACGAGAAAAGAAAACUUCAUCAUCAAUUAUAUUCGAUACUAUUUCAAAAGGAAAAAAUACAUCAAGCAUAAGUGAUUUAUCGAGUGGAAAAAAUCCCCAUAAUCUACCUUUACAUACAAAAAAUGACACAGUGGAUAAUCAAUUAGAUUCUCAAUGUAUUAACAGUGAUUCUAGUGGUGAAUUAAACAAUAGUGAAAAUGAUCGAACACAUAGUAGCAAUGAUUUUCAAAAAGAUGUAUAUUUUGGUAUUGAUCGUGACCUAUCUGCACGUAUUGAACGUGAAGAAAAUGAACCAACAGCAGUUAUUACUCCAUCUCCUCCAAUGGCAUUUAUCGAUAGCACAGAGGAAAAAGUGGAAAAUAGUAAAGAUAAUCAUGAACAAAUGAAACUUACCAGUUUAACCCCACAAGCUGCUGAACAUCAUUUAAAUACAAAUAAAACUUUAAUUAAUGUUAAUACAUCAACUACACGACAUGAACAUACUGAUAUUGAUAAACUUCGAAAACGGCUUGAACAAUCUGCCAAUGAUGAAAAAUUACAAUUACUUGAAGAUAAUCGUAUUUACAUUGAAAAAUUAAAAACAGAAUUACGUUUAGCAAAAGAACAAGAAGAACGAACAUUACGUGAUAAAAUGAAAGUUGAUUUAACAUUAAUCGAAAAUAAAAUCCAUGAAAAUCUUUUACAUGAAAAGAAAUUACUUGAAAAUCGUCAAAAAACUGAAUUAAAUAAUAUAAAAGAAGUUAUGGAAAGAGAGAAACAAGAAUUACAAAAAAAACUAAGAAGUGAUAUGUUAUCAGAUAUGAAUCUUGAUCAACAAAAUAAUACAAAUAUACAAAUACGUUUAUUACAAAUGAAACAUGAAUUUGAAGAGAAUUUACGUAAUAUUGAAAAUCGAUAUAAAAAUGAAAUUGAAGAUUUAACACGACGUUAUGAACAAAUUAAAGUUGAAAAACAUACUUUAGAAAAACGUUUAAAAGAGGUACUUUCAUGGGUUUUUUUUAAAUAA